CAGAAAUGACUGAUGUAACUAACAGAUUAUGCAGUAACGAGGUAAAGGAUGCUGGUAUAGAAAUUCAAGGUCUCGACCUUGAGGAUAGAGGUUUUGAGACAAGAGCAAUUAAAGACGGCCAGAAUCCAGAUCAGUGGGAUUCCGGAAUUAUCAUUCCACCAAUUCAUUCUGGAAAUAUCUUCAAACAAGACGGCCCUGGACUUCACAGGGGUUACAAAUAUGGAAGAUGCGGUAAUCCGACCAGAACAAGUCUUGAAUCCUGCUUAGCCAGUCUUGACAAUGCAAAAUAUGGUUUUGCUUUUGCAUCUGGUCUCGCUACUGUGACGGGAGUUUGUGCCUUGCUGAACGCUGGUGAUCAUGUGAUUUGUGGAGAUGAUCUCUACAGUGGCACUAACAGGCAUUUUGCUGUUAUCGGUAAAACUAAAGGCCUGGAGGUAGAUUUCAUCGAUGCAACAGUUGUUGAUUUAGUAGAAAAAGCCAUUAAACCCAAUACAAAGCUAGUUUGGGUAGAAAGUCCCUCGAACCCUCUCCUGAAGGUUUUGGAUAUUCCAAGUAUUGCCACUGUACUCAAAGCUAAAAAUCAGAGAAUAUUAUUUGUAGUUGACAACACCUUUAUGACUCCUUAUCUUCAGAAACCUCUCGAUAUGGGAGCCGAUAUAGCUACUUAUUCUAUGUCUAAAUACAUGAAUGGUCAUAACGAUGUUAUUAUGGGUGCUAUAACGACUAAUGAUGAAGAACUUGCUAAUAGGAUCGCUUAUAUAGAGAAUUCUAUGGGACUUGUUCCAUCUCCUUUUGACUGCUACCUUGCGAACAGAGGUCUAAAAACAUUGCCAAUACGAAUGGACAGGCAUAUUCAAAAUGCGACUGAGAUUGCUAAGUUUUUGGAGAAGCACCCAUCUGUCGAAAAAGUUAUCUAUCCAGGAUUGGAAUCUCAUCCACAGUACGAAUUAGCGAAAAGGUUGUGUAAGGGAACGUCUGGGAUGAUCUCGUUUUAUAUCAAGGGAGAUCUAAAAACUAGUACGGCAUUUUUAAAAGCUUUGAAAAUUGUUACUCUCGCUGGAAGUUUAGGAGGCUUGGAAUCACUUAUUCAAUUACCAUCUGUUAUGAGCCACGCUCCCGUUCCCGAAGACAUGAGAAAACAGUUAGGUAUCACUGACAACCUUGUAAGGCUUUCUGUCGGCCUUGAAACUACCGCAGACCUCAUCAAAGACCUUGAUCAAGCCUUGAAUAUUGCGACCGCAGAUUCUUAA